UGCUGUCAUCAGCUGUGUGACUGUCAUGUCUGACAUUUGAAUAAUUCAUUCAGAGGCUCAAUUUUGAUAUUUUUUGUUUUAAAUGAUAAACAAAUAACAACGCUAGAAUCUAAAUACAUGCCGCAACAAUGUCUGAAUCUCCUGAUUUAACUAAAUAUGAUGAAGUGUUAACAUCAAUCUUAGUAAACGAAAAAUCUAUAUUAGGCUUUCUCUCAGCAGUUUUCGGCUUUUUAGCCCGAAGGACUGAUUUCUACUAUGUACCAAAAGGUCCCUAUGAAAACAUGGGCUUUCCGCCAGGAGUGGCUGAGGAACUCGUAAUAAAAGUCCUCAGAACAUGUGACCCAAAGACAUGGAAACCGGCAAACGGCCAGAAAGCUUUAGACCUUAACAAUGAGAUCAUGUGUUCCACUGUAGCUCAAGAGGUGGAGGUUGUAGCUGAAAAUGAUGGAACGGAAGACGAGGAAGCCACUACGGGUACAGAACCUACAACUUCUGAAUCUGUCCCUAAAAUAGAAGAAACUAAAAAGCAAGAAUCUGCACCAAAAUUAGAAGACACUAAAAAGCCUUCUCAAGAACAAGUCCCGCCUAAAUCGGAGUCAUCUGGUGCUGUGACCAGCACUUCCAAAGCAUUCCCAGAAGACUACAAACCUCCUGAAAUACCAAUACAAAAGAACAGUGAUACUUACAAUGGGGCUGAGCGGGAAAAAUACUUGUGGGCACAGAAUAUUAUGGAACUAGAUGUCACCGUAAAGCUCCCUCCAGACAUAAAGUCAUCAAAAGACGUGAAAGUGACGAUAAAUUCCAGUGAUAUUUGUGUGGCCAGUCGGAAGGGAGACGUCAUUAUCAAGGACACAUUGCCGUAUAAGAUUAAGACUUCGGACAGUUUCUGGAGUAUCAGCGAAGGAAAACUAUUGAUGCAUUUAGAAAAAGUUCAAGAAAGAUGGUGGAAUAAGCUGCUCACCAGUGAAGAAUCCAUUGACCUAGAUAAAAUAGACUGUUCUAGACCUCUUGAUGAUUUACCAGAAGACCAUGUUGCUAAGGUUCGUGAAAUGCAGUGGAAUCAAGAAAGAAAAAUGAAAGGAUUGCCAACAAGUGAUGAAAUACGUAACAUAGAUAUUCUGAAGAAAGCGUGGAAUGCACCAGGAUCACCAUUCAUGGGACAAGAGUUUGACCCAAGUGUGCUCAGCAGUUCGUCAAAUACUUUGGGACCGUUUUCUGGAUCACAGUAAUAUUUCAUUAAAUUUUAUUUCUAAUUUUA